CUUGGGUUCAGCUCCAUUACCGAAAUGGGCAUCGGAGCCCUGCAUCAUGGGCAUCGACGAGGCUGGAAGAGGCCCAGUUCUUGGUCCGAUGGUGUACGGAUGCUUGUACUGUGCUUGCUCUUAUCAGAAGACUCUCUCUUCCCUAAAUUUUGCAGAUUCAAAGACUCUGAAAGAGGAAAAACGGGAAGAGUUGUUUGAAAAUCUGAAAGUGGAUAAUUGUAUUGGAUGGGAAGUUGAUGUCAUAGACCCAAGGGAGCUGUCAGCUAAGAUGUUAAGAAAGUUAAAAGUUAACUUGAAUGAAAUUUCUCAUAAUUCAGCUAUUGGCCUUGUCAGGAGGGUUAUUAAUAUGGGCGUGUUAUUAACUGAGGUGUAUGUGGAUACUGUUGGAGAUGCAGAGAAGUAUCAGAUUAAGCUAUCGGAAAUAUUUCCAGGUGUGAAAUUUGUGGUCUCCAAAAAAGCUGAUAGCCUCUAUCCAGUAGUUAGUGGAGCAAGCAUAGUCGCAAAGGUUACUAGGGACAGGGCUUUGCGUGACUGGGUCCCUGAUGAAACUGCUGACAACAUGCACACGAACUUUGGUUCUGGAUAUCCAGGAGAUCCCGAGACUAAAGCUUGGUUGGAGCAUCACAAGCAUUCUUUGUUUGGAUUUCCCACAUUGGUGCGUUUCAGUUGGGGUACAUGCACCCCCUAUUUCAAAGAUUCUGUUGAGGUUCUUUGGGAGGCUGAUAAAGAGGAUGAAGAAGGGUCAAGAAAUGGGAAUGGCAAACGGCAGCUGAAACUGUCAAAUGUAGGGUUCACCGGGUACAAGAGGAAAACCGAGGAUAUUGAAUCCAGCGGCAAAGGUCGCUGCAAAUUCUUCCAAGCCCGUAGGCUUGAGUUGGUCUCGAGCUUUCUUUGAUUGUUUUUUUUUAAAAAAAAUCCUAGUUGUAGAUUGUAUUUAUUUGCGGCCUGAUUGGAAGAAAAGACACCUAUGAAAAAAAAUUAUUUUCAUGUGUAAUAUUCUUAUUAUUUGUGUUGCACUUAUAUGGAAGGAUGUUUUCUAAAAAAGGCGACAAAUUUGCGACAGCA